AUGGCUUUUUCAGAAGCCUCCAGUCCAGGCACCCGUCCUCGGUCGCAGAGCUAUGGCCGCAAUCUCCCGGCCCUCACCGUCUUCUUCGCGCAAGACCCCGAGAAGCGCGCAUCGCAAGGACGAUGGCCAGGUGAUCUCGUAAUUGCAUCGAGCUUGUUCGCUGCACAUCUCGCGCUCGUACGGCGGUUGCGGACGCCGGUCGAUGGCGGGGAGCAUGCCGCCUCCGAGGUUUACGUUACCGGCACCUUUGACGGGUGGAAAAAGACGGAAAAGCUGAACAAGGUCGGCGAGCACUUCGAGAAGCAGGUCCAGCUUGACGAUGCAUCCGAGAAGAUUUACUACAAGUUUGUUGUUGACGGGAACUGGGUAACGGACCACACUGCUCCCAAGGAGACCGACGAGAGUGGCAACGAGAACAACGUCCUCACUCCCGAGCGCAUCGUGAAAGCCGCACCUGCUACAACCGCCAUCAUGAGCUCCGCCGCCCCCGAUUCCACCACUGCUGCAUUGGCAGCCAGUGCCCCCCUCGAGAACAACAGGACCGAGGAGAAGGAGUACAAGACCGAGGGCCUGCCUGGUGUAUUCCCCGAGACUCCCGCCCUUGACUUGAACAAGCAGAUCGGCAUCAACCCACUGCCCGCUGCUCCCGGUGCUGUCAACCCCGUCCAGCUGGCUCCUGGCGAGAAGAUCCCCGAGCACAUUACCGCUGAGAGCACAACCAGCCACGUCAAAUUAGAUCCCGAGUCGUACGAAAAGGCCGACACUCUGCCUGCUGGUGGCUUUGCUGCUUUCUCAUCAGCAGCCCCCACCUCCACCACCGCCGAACUGGCUGCCGGCGCGCCCAUUGAGACCACCAAGGUUCCUGCUGUUGUUAAGGAGAGCCAAGAGAAGGCUCACGUUGACCCUGAAGCCAGUGCGAUCCCCGAAGAGGUUGAAGAUAAGGCCGACGUUGAGAAAGAGCUUCUCAACAGAGUGAAGGAGGCGCCUUCGACAUCUGAGGGCACCGCUGGCGUGGGUACCGAGAAGACCGAAAGCACUGUCACCGCUGGUGAGGCUGCUGCUGCUGUCGCCGCCGCCGCUACUGCCCUCGGUGGUGCCGCCAUCGCAGGAGCUGUUGCUGCCAAGAACUAUGCCGUUGAAAAGGCGCCUGUUGUGGCCUCGACGGCCCAGGAGAGCGCUGCACAGGCUGCUACCACUGCCCAGCCAUACAUCGCAUCGGCCUCCGAAACAGCUCAGCAGACCGCUACGCAGGCUGCCGCGAACCUCCCCGAGACGGUGAAGGCACAAUUGCCCGAGUCUGUGCAGAGCUCCAUCUACACUGCCUCAAAGGAAAACACCAUCCAGGCCGCUGCCCCGACCGUGCCUAUUGAGGUCAGAGAGUCCCUGGCAGAAGCUGGGCAAAGUCCCGAAGCAGCUGCCAGUGUUACCGCCGUUCAAGAUAAGAAGGCUGUGGAGAACGAGCUCUUGAGGGAAGUUAACGAGGUCAAGCCGAUUGCCGCUGUUGGUGGCGCAUCACACGUGGUACCGGCCGAGCCCCUUGAGCCUGUCCAAGCAGUGCCUGUUGAGGUGAGGGACUCCUUGGCAGCAGCCCACCAAAGCCCAGAAGCUGCUUCCAGUGCUUCUGCUGUUGAGGACAAGAAGGCUGUCGAGAAGGAGCUGCUGAAGGAGGUCUCGCCCGUUGCCGCUGUACCUACAGCAUCAACGAGCACCGAAGCCAAGGCAGAACCAAUUACAGAGUCGGUCCAGGCUACUCCCGACAACGCUCUCUCGAACGCCGAGAAGACCGUCGCCGAGCCCAAGUCUGAGACUGCCCCCGCGUCUACACUUGCCGGCAACUCUGGUGCCCAGACGGACAAGUCUGUCGCAGAUGUCCCAGAGUCCAAGACCGAGACUGAGCCCAAGUCUAUCUUGGCCACCGAGACCGCACCUGACUCUUCUCUGGCUACCGAGACGGAGCCAAAGUCGACUGCUGCCAACGGAGCAGGUGCUCAGGCCACAACAGCCGCGCCUGCCACACCGGCAAAGUCUAACGCUAGCUCCAGCAAAGCUGCUGACAGCCCCGCCACGACCGAAAAGAAGAAGAAGAACAGAAUCAGUGCUUUCUUCGGCAAGCUCAAGGAGAAGGCAAAGAAAUAA